AUGGGAGCUGGUGGCAAGAAGGCGAAAGCCAAAGACAAGAGUAGCAAGGCUGCUGCAAAGCAGAAAAUUAAAAAGCCAAAGGGCCCAGAGACCACAGAGACUCCAGAGACUACAGAAAUUACAAAGCAGCAGACCACAGUUGAAUCUUCUAUGCCCGGUAGCCCAAACCUGGUAGUACAAGAUCAAGAUCCUGUCGGCCAAUAUCUGGAACUAGAGUUUGAACAACCGUCUGAGCCACUACCUGACCUGCCCUCUGAACAACAAUUGGAGCAACUUUCAGCAUCUGUCGAAUCAAUCAAGUCAAACAUAGAAGACUAUCUAGAUACAGAAGAUACAGAAACACCCGGCGAUGCAGAGCCUACUGUCAGACAACCACUUGACCCUGAGACAGACCAACAACCUCCCGUGAAGGACGACGAUAUUUCUGUGAUUGCAUUAUCUGUAUCAAAUAACGAAUAUAUCGACGCCCAAGAGCCUGCUAUAGAGGCCGAGGAGAAAAGUCCACCCAAAGAAGAGAGCGAGCCUCUUGAGGAGCACUUUGAGCCUGGUGAGAAAACACCCAUCGCCACCACUCCGACUCCAGCUGCUUCGCUUCCCUCAUACUCUCCAGCCUUGGUACCCUUACCGUCGCCUUCUCUAACUGAGGCACGGUAUAUGCAAAGUGCUUCGCCCGUGAACAACUACUAUUAUCCCGGAUCACCAGCCUAUAUCCCUUACGCCUCACCGUACACAUCUCCCUACGCCUCACCGUACGCUUCACCGUACGCUUCACCUUACGCCUCGCCGGUACCCAAAGUGAGCAGCCCUCUUGCUCGUUCACAUUACCCAUAUAUGCCUCCAGUCAUGUCUCCCACCGCAACCCCUCCACCACCUCCUGUUCCAGCACCUCCAAGGGCCCCUAUGCCUCAAAUGCCUUCAAUGGCCCCACCACCACCUGCACCCCCUUCCACUACUCAAAGCUUUGCAACGGCCGUUCGCUCCCCUGCCAUGAGCUCAGUGGGUAUGGCUCCUCCCUAUAACCAGCCACCAUAUCCCUACUACCCUCCCGAUGGCCACUCUAUGCAGAGAAGCUACAGUAUCGCCGAAUCAUCACCAUAUGCUGCAUCGUUUCAAGCUAUUCGUGAUAUGGGGUUCGGCAAUAGCCAACCACGCGAGAAUGGCAACCCUUCUCCUCCAGAUAGUGAGGCGGAGCACGCAGAACUACUGCACCGAAUCCAAACUGCCAUUCCUGACAUCAAUCGCCUUCUUCACGGGUUUAAAAACACCCACAGCAAACUCUCCAAUCGGGAGGCCGAAAUGAAGCAGAUCGGGAACCAGCAUGAGCAGGCGUUAUUGCACAAGGACUUCUAUAUCGAAGCGCUUCAGUCACAGAUGAAGAAGACGGCCACUGAAAGUGCCGAAGAAUGCGCAAAGCUGAAGAACACCAUCAAUGAGCUGCGAAUGGAGCUUGGAAAUUUGCAAGAAAAGCAGAAAGACCUCGAGGAUGGUUUGGCCGUUCACCAAAAGUCAAACGAAGAACUUUCGCAGUCGAAAUCUAACCUUGAAUCGGAGAUCUCUAAACUCAACACAACUAUUCAGGAGACUCAGGAUGCACAUGAGAAAGAGAAGGAGGAGCAGAAUGAGUCUCAUACCACUGCGCUCACGACUCAGAAGCAAGAGCUUACUGAGUUGUUCGAAGAGAUCAGGGGUGAAGACGAGAAGACAGCCAACGAGGCAUUGGAAACGCGUGAGAAGGAACUACGUGAUCAACACGAUACCCACAAGGGAGAGUGGGAGGCCGAGAAAGGGCAGCUACAUGGGUCACUUGAGAUUCAUCGCACUGAUCUUGAAACCAGUAAAGCUGAGCUGGCGUCAAAGAUCACUGAACUGGAGUCCAAGGAAACCGAGCUGCAGAGCAAGUUGGGUGAACUCACCUCGGUACGCGACGAGGUAGCCGCCAAAUUGACUGAACUGGAAUCGAAAGAGAAGGAACUGGAGGAAACACGCGCAAAGAAUGCCGAGAACUUGGAAACGAUUCAGAAAGAUCACGCCGGUGAACUGGACAAUCUACGCAACACACAUGCAGAUGAGUUGUCGGCUGCAGCAAAGGAAUUAGAUGACAGGAUUGCCGCAAUCGAAGCUCACUUCAGCGAGAAGGAGCAGGUCUGGUUUAAAGAGCGGGCUGAAUUGGAGAAGUUGCUUGCAGAGAAAGAUGAUGAUAUUGAGAGCUCGGAACGAGAGAAGGAGAGACUGGAAGGAGAUGGUCUGGUCAAGGAACAGCAACUCCAGCGAGCAGUUGAGGAAAUGCGAUCCACCAUUGACCAUUUGGAUGGUGACUGCGACCGUUUGAGAAAGACGCUGCACAGCCUUGGUGAAGCCACCGAUCUCAAGACUACCAAGGGCGACCAGUUCUUUCUUGACUGUUUCACCCACCUAUCGCAACUGAUUCACGAUCUCUCCAAGCAACACUUCGGUUACCUGCCCAUUGACCCGCCCAAGGAUAUUCUCUCCAAGAUCCCCGCCGAACUCCCAUCGUUCCUCGACAACACUACCGCAUCCCGUGAGCUCCGCUGCGCCUACGUCGAGCACGUUAUAUCCAAAACUUUGACCUACCGCGUUUUCCAGCCUUUCCUAUUCACUCUCGGCCGCCGAUACGAUAAAGCCGACACAUUCUUCCAAAUGCUCUCCAUGGAUAUUCGUCGGAAAUCCGUCCGCCGUGAGGCAUUCUGGCGCCAGCAGACUCUCAAAGCAGCCUACACCACCUCCGACGCAAAGCAGUCUAUCAAUGUUGCUGCCGCUGUGAUCGUUGACGAGAUAGUCGAUCACAUCAAGCAUUUUGCUGAUCCAAAGCACCUUGAUUCCCUUCUGACAGGCGUUCGCAAGAUCGUAAAACUAGCCGCUGAGACCUGGCGCCAUGCUCGCGUCGAGAGAGAGCUUGUUCUAGCCUCAUUCCCUGCCCCGGACGCUGAAGGCAUCACAAAUGACGGAUGGGAAGAGUACGGCGUCCCCAAUGAACAGAAUCCAGGACCGAAGGGCGAAUCUGCGCGUCAUGUCGUCCUUCGUACUUUCCCUGGUAUCUUGCGCGAGGCUGCUCAUGAGGACUUUGCAAGUGGAGAACGAGCUAGUACUUGCAUUUACUCUAAUGGUGUGCUCCUCUACUCGGACUCUCCUGUUGUCAUGGCGCGAUUGCAGGAGUUAGCGAAGAACUCCACUGAGACCUUGGUCGCUGCCGAUGAAGGGCAGUUGUCGCUGCCCAAGACCCCUCGAACUUCUAAUGAGAGCUUGACAUUGAAGGGUCUUGAGAAGUUGGCUACUAUUACUGUUCAGUCGGCGCCUACUAGUCCUACUACGAAGGGACCACUCUUGAGGGCAUAG